AUGCCAACGAGAACGAGAAAUGCUGCUCCUAUAACCAUAGAGGAAGUAGAAAAAUACAUAGAAGAGAUUAAAAAAGAGCCAGGCAAAACUAAAAAAAAUUUCAAGCAAGAUUCUGGUUAUGGCGAUACUCCCCUAGAAGCCGGAGGUUAUAAAUACCUUCUUGAUGAAAUUAAUGAAUUACAAAAAGGUAUUGGUUUAUUAGGAAAAGAAAAGCAGACCCUAACUACUGAGCGUGAUAAUGCUCUCCAAGAAAUAGCCCGAUUGAAAAAUCAUACUUGCUCCACCAGUGGGAUAGAUGAUUACUUUAUUAAAAAUUUACGCCAGCAGUUAGACCAGGCAAGACGGGAGAAAAACCAGGCUGAGGAAAAUUUACAAACCGAACGAGAAGUGCAAGCUCAAGCUCGACAAGAAAUUAAUAGCAAAGUUGAAGAAAUUGAAGCAAAUAAAAAUCAAAUUGUGGGUCUGACUAAUGAAAAAAAUGAAUUUCAAGAACAAUUAAAAAAAUUAACAGCUAAAAAUACUGAUUUAGAAACUGAUUUGGCAGCCGAAACCCGAGCCAAAGGCGAAGUCAAAUCUAAUUUAACUAAUACCCAGAAAGAGUUAGAAAAUAGAACCAAAGAGGUCAAUAAUUCCCAGGAGCAGAUUAAUACUCUUAAUAAUCAGUUAAAAAAUACACUUCAAUCUUUAUAUGAUUUGCAAAACGAAAAUAAAGAAUUAGUUAAAAGGCCGUUAUUAGUAGACUAUCAAAAACUGCAAGUUUCCUUAGCAGAAGCCCAAGAUUAUUUAACUGCUGAACGGGAAAAAGCCGCGGAAGCUUUAAAAUCCUAUAAAGAGCAAGCUGAGCAGAUUAAUACUAAGUUGACUGCCGAGAAUGCUGAAUUAACUGAAAAUCUAACCAAGUACCGCACGGAGUUAGAAGAGAAGGUUGUCGAAAAUGAAACUUUGACGGCUAACCUAGAAGAAGCGGAAG